AACUUUUAAUGAGGGGUAGGGGAGUUGAGUAAUUUUCCACAAGACUUUGAACUUUUCGUAUCGGAAAAGAUCCAAAAAUAAAAACAGAGACAAUUCAUCAUCAAUACCGAUAAAAAUUCUCAUUGAUUUUCAAUGAUACUUGUUGCUUUAUAUAACAUGUACUUUGAAUGACAAUAGCAGAUUAGGAGAUUUUCAUGUAAAACCUAAUUAGAGAAGUGAAGAAGAAGAAGAACAACAACAAAUCAAGUUGGGUAUCAAGUAGAAAGUCACUUCCUUUUUUUUCUCUCUCUGUAUGAAAAAUUCAAUGCUGGUAUCAGAUUUUGUUGAUGGAAAUAUGGUUCAUCUUGUUCCUUUAAGAAAACUUCCUUAAACAUGUACACAAAAGUUGUUGACAUUUAAUUAAAGGGAACACAAGGAUUCAUUUAUGUCUGGAACCCACUUCUGCAGUCCGAUGAACAACAAAGGGUUUGUCAUGUUUCUUAGUUGUAUCUGGGUUUUCAUCACCACGUAUACAUUUUUUCUGGGCAAAUUCAUAAUCAGAUAUUUCUUCAGAUUUAAUGUUGGAGACGGUGUUCGGAAACAGAAAUCGGACUAUUUUCCUGUUCUUCAACAUAAAAUCAAUAAUCAGAUUGAUGAAUCAGACAGUUCAGAACCAAAAAUUGAACCGGAAGUUUGCAGUCUUCGACAGGAAAUCAGUAACCAGAUUGAUGAACAGAAACUUGAACCCAAAGUUUUGAGUCUUCAACAGGGAAUCAAUAACCAGAUUGAUGAUGAUUUAGAUGGUUCAGAACAGAAACUUGAAUCUGAAGUUCUCAAUUUCCUGGAUACAGAGUAUGUUGCUGAUGAUGAUUUAGAUGUUUCAGAACAGAAACUUGAAUCUGAAGUUCUCAAUUUUCUGGGUACAGAGUGUGUUGAGGAUGAUGAGGUUAAUGAAAAAGAGACACCAAAAUUCAGUUUCAAAUUUCAGUUUCCAAUUUAUGAAGAAACCAGAGGGGAAACUAACGAGGAAACUGAAGAACCAGAAGUCAGCCCUAACAGUAGUUUAAUCCCAAUGAACACAAAUACUAGUAAGUAUGAGUUCUUACCUGGUCAGAAUAUUAGUAGAUUCAUUCAAGAACCGAAAGUUAUGAACUUUACUGUUAAUCAAUUAUAUAAUGAUGGUUUGAUUGAAGAAAACAAUGAUGAUUUUCAUGGUGGGUCCUUACCGGACAAAACCUUUGUUAAACCCUGUUCGAAAAUAGAAAAUUCUGUUGAUGAAAUUCUGGAUGAUGACUCUUGCAGUAGACAGAAUUAUGAGAAAACAGAAUCUGUAAAACCAACUGAAGUACAGCUUUCUGAAAAGGAACAAUUAGUGGGCUUAGAAAGCACUAAUUUUGAUGGAGCUGAGAGUUUGACAGAGACAGAGGAAGAGGAAAUUAUUGGUUCUGAUUUCGAUAGAGAUUCGGAUUCGGACUCGGUUGAAUUAGGCGACAGGUUUUCUUAUAUGAAUCAUAUAAUGGAUUUGAAUAGUGAAGGUUUUUUAUCAGAUAAAGAUUUUGAAGGUGAAUAUGAGACUAUGCUAGAAUCAAUGGAAGAUAUUCAGAAUUCUUCUGGUGCAACACAUGCGGAGAUUCCAGAAACUAUGGACCCAGGAUCGAAUGAAUGUCCUGAGGAAAAUGAUUUGCAGAAUCCAAGUAUUCUGGGGACAGAAUUUCUAACUGAAAGUGAAUUUGAUGUAAAAGAACAAGAACCAAAAGUAGAAGAAUGCAGUGGAAAAAUGAAGAAUCUCUUGAAUGACUCCGGAAAUUCUAAAGAGCAGAGUUUGCAGGAAUCGAUAUGGCCCGAUACUGAAGAGGCAGAUGAGUUUGAGUCCCUUUGGGAGCAUCAGGAGCUAAUAGAGCAGCUGAAAAUGGAGAUAAAGAAAGUUAGAGCUACAGGACUUCCUACAAUUUUUGAAGAAUCCGAGGAGUCCCCUAAGGUGGUUGAAGAUCUUAAGCCAUGGAAGAUUGAUGAAAAGCUUUUACACGAAGAUCGUAUUGGCGAGCUCCACAGUUUCUAUAAAAUCUAUACAGAGAGGAUGAGGAAGUUCGAUAUUUUGAAUUAUCAAAAGAUGUACGCAAUAGGUUUUCUUCAGCUAAAAGACCCACUUCAAACAAUGUCGUUGCAAAAAUCUACUACGCCAACACUCACAUCAGUAUUCUCACAAAGCUUUGGAUUAUCAAAGCGUAUUAAACCAGAAGGAGAAUCAAUGGAAAAAUUCAUUAAAGAGUUGAAAGGAGAAUUAGAAGUGGUUUAUGUUGGACAACUUUGUCUGUCAUGGGAAUACCUGCAUUGGCAAUAUCUUAAGGCUAGAGAGUUGUUGGAAUCUGACCAAUACGAAGUUCGUCGAUACAACGAAGUGGCAGGAGAAUUUCAACAAUUCCAAGUGCUCAUUCAAAGAUUCCUAGAGGAUGAGCCCUUUCAAGGACCAAGGGUUCAAAACUACAUAAAAAAUCGAUGCGUUCUUCGUAACCUACUUCAAGUUCCAGUUGUUAAAGAGGAUUCAAAGGAUAAAGAUGGAACAAGAAGAAAAUAUGCCAUCACAUGCUCAAUGUUGUUACAAAUCAUUGAAGAAUCAAUGAAAAUCUUGUGGAAGUUUCUUCGAGCUGAUAGGAAUGAAGGAAAUAUGAUCUUAAAGGGACUAUUAGGACCUCAGAUUAAGCUCCAUGACCCCGGAGAUGCAGAGCUUUUGGUUGAUGUUCAAACAACUCUUCAAAAGAAGGAUAAGAAGCUGAAAGAAAUAAUGAGAAUCGGAAAUUGCAUAGUCAGGAAGUUCCAAAAGCAAAAUGAAGAACACUCGAGUCAAGCUGUAUUCCACUCUCAAGUUGAUCUUAAACUUGUCUCUAGGGUGCUACAUAUGUCAAAAAUAACUAAUGAUCAAUUAGUAUGGUGUCGUAAGAAGUUAAACAAUAUCACUCUCGUAGAUAGGAAGAUUCAUUUAGAAUCCUCGUUUUUGCCCUUUCCUUGUUGAAACCUUGAGACGAACUUAUCUGUUCAUCCACCCUUAUACAUGUAACUAAGUUUUGAAUACAGUAAUUAGAUCAGUUGUAGAGCAUCUUACAGUUUUGUUAA